UAAGUAAGUGGCAGUAUUCAGAGGAUAUGUUUGUUACUCGCGCGGUAUAGGUUAUGUUAUGAUUUUGAAUAUAAAGAAACAACAAAAUGAAUAUUGCCAGUAAGCAAUGGAUUCGAAUUUUUAAAAUACCUAAUAAUAAUUUUUCUAUUUUUGGAAAAGCUUCCACUUAUAAAAGUGCUUAUUCUCUUGAUAAACUAUACCCUACACAUAAUAUAAAACUCUUCACACCAACCUUUGUUCCUGAAGAUCCAAAUGCUAAAUUUAGUGGCUAUAUACCAAUUAAAGAACUUGAUAUUACUUAUAGCCGUAGUAGUGGUGCAGGAGGACAACAUGUAAAUCGUACAAAUACCAAAGUGGAUGUAAGAUUUCAUUUGCAAAGCGCUAAAUGGUUAUCAGAGGAGAUUAAAAGCAAACUACUGGAACAGUAUAAAAAUAAAUUAUCUAAAGAGGGAUAUUUUAUAAUCAAAUCAGAAUUAACAAGAUCUCAACAAUUAAAUUUAGCUGAUGCUCUUCGAAAACUAAGAGAUAUAAUAUGGGAAGCGACGAAACCUCCACCAGAAAUAUCUUCAGAAACGUUGGAAUUAAAAAGAAAACAACAUCUUAGAGCAGCAAGAAAAAGACUCUUUGAAAAACGAAAGCAUUCUAUAAUGAAACAGUCUAAAGGAGCUCCUAUAGACUUUUGAUAUUCUUUACGUUAUAUCCAUAUAGAAUAAUAAUGAUUUUAAAUAAAUCAAGUUUAAUAUAUGAUAUAUUGUAAUAAAUUGUACAUGAUAUAUAAUAAUUAUAAUAAUUAAAGAUUUUAUUUAAACUUAAA